CACACACACACACACACACACAGCCAUAUCAUCUGCUCCGUGCCAAGACAGCGUGGCUCCAUCGCGUGAAGACAUUUUUCUCGCAGCAUUGCGAAUCAAAACAUCUUAUCAUCGUAGCGGACAUAUGUGCGGUCUUAUAGAUCGGGUUCGUUCUCUCAGGAUGAGCAGUGGUCGAUGCGGAACCCUGGUUCCGUCAUCCACUGUCUGGUACGGAGAGAGUCGCUCCCACACCACGGCUCUGGCCGCCGGGCGUUAAGACCCAAACAGCUCCUAUAGAUCCUCAUCUCCUCACCAGUGAAGCCUGGCUUCAAAAGCGCAUGGACUGAAACAUGAAGGGUGGGACUGCCACAUUGACAGAGUAGGAGAGCCCUUCUCUGAGGGCAGGGUGUCCCGGGUUGGAGCCUCUGGGUGUCCCCGGUUGGAGCCUCUGGGUGUCCCGGUUGGAGCCUCUGGGUGUCCCGGUUGGAGCCUCUGGGUGUCCCGGUUGGAGCCGGCGGGGGCUGAGGCAGUGAGCUGGGGCAGGGCCGGGGAACAUGCCUCCCAGGCCGUCCUCUGGGGAGCUCUGGGGCAUCCACCUCAUGCCCCCCAGGAUCCUGGUGGACUGUCUGCUGCCAAACGGCAUGCUCCUGACUCUGGAGUGCCUGCGUGAGGCCACUCUCAUCACCAUCAAACACGAGCUGUUCAGGGAGGCCCGGAAGUACCCCCUGCACCAUCUCCUGCAGGAGCAGACCUCCUACAUCUUCGUCAGCGUCACACAGGAGGCCGAGAGGGAGGAGUUCUACGAUGAGACGCGCAGGCUCUGUGACCUCCGGCUCUUCCAGCCCUUCCUCAAGGUCAUCGAGCCCGUGGGGAACCGCGAGGAGAAGAUCCUGAACCGGGAGAUCGGCUUCGCCAUCGGGAUGCCUGUGUGUGAGUUCGACCUGGUGAAGGACCCCGAGGUGCAGGACUUCCGGAGGAACAUCCUCAGCGUGUGUAAGGACUCGGUGGAGCUGCGGGACGUCAGCGGGCCGCACAGCCGAGCGCUGUACGUCUACCCGCCCAGCGUGGAGUCUGGACAGGAGCUGCCCAAACACAUCCACAGCAAGCUGGACAAAGGUCAGAUCAUCGUGGUGAUCUGGGUGAUUGUUUCCCCCAACAACGACAAGCAGAAGUACACGCUGAAGAUCAACCACGACUGUGUGCCCGAACAGGUGAUCGCGGAGGCCAUCCGUAAGAAGACGCGCAGCAUGCGGCUGUCUCCCGAGCAGCUGAAGAUGUGUGUCCAGGAGUACCAGGGCAAGUACAUCCUCAAGGUCUGUGGCUGUGACGAGUACCUGCUGGAGAAGUACCCCAUCAGCCAGUACAAGUACAUCCGCAGUUGCAUCAUGCUUGGUCGGAUGCCUAACUUGAUGCUCAUGGCCAAGGACAGCCUGUACAGCCAGUUGCCCGCGGACGCCUUUGUCAUGCCUUCCUACUCCCGCCGCAUCUCCACGGCGACCGCCUACAUGAACGGCGAGCUGGCCGCCAAGUCGCUGUGGACCAUCAACGGCACCCUGCGGAUCAGAGUGCUGUGCGCCACCUACGUCAACGUCAACAUACGGGACAUCGACAAGAUCUACGUGAGAACCGGGAUCUACCACGGAGGAGAGCAGAUGUGUGACAACGUCAACACACAGAGAGUCCCGUGCUCCAACCCCAGAUGGAACGAGUGGCUGACCUACGAUAUGUACAUCCCGGACAUCCCCCGCGCAGCGCGCCUCUGCCUCUCCAUCUGCUCCGUCAAGGGAAGGAAAGGAGCCAAGGAGGAGCACUGCCCGCUGGGCUGGGGGAACAUCAACCUGUUUGACUACACCCACACCCUGGUGGCCAACAAGAUGGCCCUGAACCUCUGGCCCGUCCCCCGAGGCAUGGAGGACCUGCUCAACCCCAUCGGGGUCACCGGCUCCAACCCCAACAAGGAAACGCCCUGUCUGGAGCUGGAGUUCGACCACUUCAGCUGCCUGGUCAAGUACCCAGAGAUGAGCUCCGUGGAGGAACAUGCCAACUGGUCUGUCUCCCGCGAGAUGGGCUUCAGCUACAACCUCUCCGGGCAGAGCAGCCGCAUGGCCCGAGACAUCGCCCUCACCGAGGGGGACGUGGAGCAGCUCCGGCAGCUUAGCCACCGGGACCCGCUGUCGGAGAUCACCGAGCAGGAGAAGGACUUCCUCUGGAGGCACCGCCACUACUGUAUGAACAUCCCUGAAAUCCUGCCCAAAAUCCUGCUGGCAGUCAAGUGGAACUCAAGGGACGAGGUCGCACAGAUGUACUGUCUGCUGAAGGAGUGGCCCUCCAUCCAGCCCGAGCACACCAUGGAGCUGCUGGAUUGUAACUAUCCCGACCCCAUGGUGCGAUGCUUCGCUGUGCGCUGCCUGGACAAGUACCUGACGGACGACAAGCUGUCGCAGUACCUCAUCCAGCUGGUCCAGGUAUUAAAGUAUGAGCAGUAUCUGGACAAUCCUCUGGUCCGCUUCCUCCUAAAGAAGGCCUUAACCAAUCAAAGAAUUGGGCACUUUUUCUUCUGGCACCUGAAGUCAGAGAUGCACAACAAGACUGUGAGCCAGCGCUUCGGGCUGCUGCUGGAGGCGUACUGCCGGGCCUGCGGGAUGUACCUGAAGCACCUGAGCCGGCAGGUGGAGGCCAUGGAGAAGCUCAUCCACCUCACGGACCUCCUGAAGCAGGAGAAGAAGGACGAGACGCAGAAGGUCCAGAUGCGGUUCCUGGUGGACCAGAUGAAGAGGCCCGACUACAUGGACGCGCUGCAGAGCUUCACCUCCCCGCUCAACCCCGCCCACCAGCUGGGUAACAUCAGGUUGGACGAGUGCAGGAUAAUGUCGUCGGCCAAGCGCCCGCUGUGGCUGAACUGGGAGAACCCGGACAUCAUGUCAGAGCUGCUCUUCCAGAACAAUGAGAUCAUCUUUAAGAACGGAGACGACUUGCGUCAAGAUAUGCUAACUCUUCAAAUAAUCAGAAUCAUGGAAAACAUCUGGCAGAACCAAGGCUUGGAUUUACGGAUGCUUCCCUACGGCUGCCUGUCGCUAGGCGACUGCGUGGGGCUCAUCGAGGUGGUCCGCAACUCCCACACCAUCAUGCAGAUCCAGUGUAAGGGCGGCCUGAAGGGGGCGCUGCAGUUCAACUCCAACACGCUGCACCAGUGGCUCCGGGACAAGAACCGCGGAGAGACUUAUGAUCUUGCUGUAGAUCUGUUUACGAGGUCAUGCGCUGGUUACUGCGUAGCCACCUUUAUCCUGGGCAUCGGAGAUAGACACAACAGCAACAUCAUGGUCAAGGACGACGGACAGUUGUUCCACAUUGACUUUGGUCACUUCCUGGACCACAAGAAGAAGAAGUUUGGUUACAAGAGGGAGCGUGUUCCCUUCGUCCUCACCCAGGACUUCCUCAUCGUCAUCAGCAAGGGAACCCAGGAGUGCACCAAGACCAGAGAGUUUGAGAGGUUCCAGGAGAUGUGCUACAAGGCCUACCUGGCCAUCCGCCAGCACGCCAACCUCUUCAUCAACCUGUUCUCCAUGAUGCUGGGCUCCGGCAUGCCCGAGCUGCAGUCCUUCGACGACAUCGCCUACAUCCGCAAAACGCUGGCCCUGGAGAAGACCGAGCAGGAGGCGUUGGACUACUUCAUGAAGCAGAUGAACGACGCGCAUCACGGGGGCUGGACCACCAAGAUGGACUGGAUCUUCCACACCAUCAGACAGCACGCGCUCAACUAGGUGGGGCCUCCACCCGACUCCACCUCACUCCACCUGGGAUCACUGGUCUAAACCUGGACUGGGAUCACUGGUCUAACCCUGGACUGGGAUCACUGGUCUAAACCUGGACUGGGAUCACUGGUCUAACCCUGGACUGGGAUCACUGGUCUAAACCUGGAGAGGGGACACUGGCCUCUAAGCUCUUCGAACCGGGAGGCGUCUGAGAUAAGUUGGUUUUUCUUUCAACAUUAGGAACUAUUAAAUAUCGGGAGAGCUCUUCUUCUUUUUUAUAUAUUUUCUCUCUCAAUAUGUUGUGAGACAUGACUUUCUGAACAGCACUACCCACGAGCUACGGCAAACUAUCCACACCUCCUCAGAGAUCAUCAACAUAUUUGGAGUAAUUUGAAUUAAAUCACACAAACUUAUUUUUUAUUUUGGCGAAGUACCGAUUCUUCUCUCUGGGACAGACAUGCCCCCCAGUGGAAAGAUGUUGCUAUCACAGCUUGGAAACCAAGUUUUUGGGAACUCAAUGAGUUAAUAUUGCAGUUUUGACACUCAGAAUUAAAUAUGAUGCAUGAUGAUGCUGUACCAUCAAAAACAAUUAUUAAUUAUUUUAUUAAUAUAGAGAUUUAUUGUGACUUUUUACACGUAUUUAUUCAGCUUCUUUCGAAGGCAGAACUGAACGGAUCCAACUGUUGUAACAUUGUUUGCACAAACGUGGCAUUUGGAUGUUUCUUUUGUAAUAUCUUUACACCGCUCGGAUGGAAGGUCCUGAGAGGCCUCUGUGUCUUCCACGUCUGCCUUGUACGUGAAGCAUGAAGGCUUUUAGACAAACCGGCUCAGAAAUAGAAAUAGAGGCUUUAGCCCUUUGGUCGGGGAAACGCCUCAUGUGGCGGCGACUCCAACAACCAAUACUUGCUGCGUCUUCUCACCAAUGACAGCCUAGCCUUUAUCAAGGCCCUGGAGAGUGGCCUACAGGCGUGUCACAGCAUCACACACUUAGUCGCUUAUCAGCGUUUGGCUUGAAAAGGUUCCAGUGUCUAUUGGAGACAUACUGACGCUGGUUUUACUCAAACACCCAAUGCACUAAUCACUUUAACUGCUGUUAACCAGAACCUUUGUUGAAAUGCAUCUCGCCAGUUAAGGACAUUUAAUCGCAUCUUUCAAUAGACGAGCAUGACAUGAGAGAUAGAAUAACGCAAAUUCUGAACACAUUUUUUGCCAUUCGUUUCUGCAGUUUCUGUCUCUCCUGAUCCUCUCCAGCAAUAUCUGGAAUCUGAAUUUCAGGAAAAGAGGGUCCUUGGAUGUAGUAUGUGAAGCUGUAUAUGUACAGGGGAGUGAAGAGAGACUGCUGUACCGGAAGACCACACGAAGGAAUGGUUGAGCGUAAAUGUGACUCUAAAAUCCAUGGUGUGUGUGUGUGUGUGUGUGUGUGUGUGUGUGUAUGUGUGUGUGUAUGUGUAUGUGUAUGUGUAUGUGUAUGUGUAUGUGUGUGUGUGUGUGUGUGUGGUGUAUUGCUUUUCAUAUGGUAGAGAGGGAGCCACUGGGCGAUACCCCUUAACUCUGUCACUGUUCCAUUCUAGUCCCUGUACACUAGCACCCUAAGUCAGUUUGAUCCACUCACUUGGGCUGGUUUGAGAUUGUGUCCUGCCUUUGCUUUUCUGAAGGAUCUAAGAGGAUGCAGUGAUAUAAAGAGCAUGCUUACACUCUGUACAGUCCCAGUCUAACAAGUUUCCAUAGUUUGCCAAAAUGGGAUUACUAUUACUAUGAUCAGUGUUUGCCUUUGUCCAUAGCUUGCCUUUCGAUGUGUGUUUGUUUAUGUGUGUGCAUGUGUGUGUGUGUGUGUGUGUGUGUGUGUGUCUGAUUGUGAGUAUGUGGUGUGUGUGUGUGUGUGUGUGUGUGUGUGUGUGUGUGUGUGUGUGUGUGUGUGUGUGUGUGUGUGUGUGUGUGUGUGUGUGUGUGUGUGUGUGUGUGUGUGAUUGCGUGUGUGUGUGAACCUCUGUGCAGGUUGCAGAUCAUACCUGGACUGGCUCCAGAUUGUUAGCUUUGUACGACACAUGGACCCUGUCUCUUUUGCUGACACUCUAGUCUGUGCAAGAGUAUAAGUAAAAAUGAAUGUAUGGUUUGUUUAACACUUUAGAGGAUGGGAAAGGAGCUUGCCCUUUCAUGUACCAGUUGUGGGAUGUUAUUCUUGAGAAACCACAACUACCACUUGUAUUGAACAAUGUUUCACAUGUUAUUUGAGAGUAAUGUCAUUUGUAAAGUAUCUUGUAUGCUAGCACUGAAAUGUAAACCAACAUGUAGUUAAGGAUAAUGAAUGUCGCUGUUGACUUUCGUAUCCCUGAUGACAACAUUUUGAUUGAACAAGUCCCCAGGACCAAAGCUGCCAUUGAAGCCGAACGCGGGGAUCAAGGUACGAAGAGACGCUGGGACCUUCAGGGUGUCCACAUCUCUCCAUGGUUUAGUCCUGUUGAACCGCUGGGAGGCAGGCCCAUGCUUAACCCCGCCCUGGAGGUUCUGGACAUGCUACUAUAAGACCCUUGCCAAUUGGCCCAGUCUGCUGGCUCGUCCCAUCAUUCACACAACGGGCAUCAUUCACACAAUGAUGUGAGCUCUGGUGUGAGUGAGCACAUGAACUGAUAUUAACAUGCUGUGUAUUGGUUUGAAGGAAAUAAUUUUUUUAACUUAAUUGCCAGAUAAAAAAAAUUAACCUUGUUUCUUUGCAUUUUAAGUAAAUAAAUUAGACCUUUCUGAUUUGAAUUAUAGAUAAUCAUAACUUCAAUGUUUUGCCACAUUAAUGUUCUUAAAUUAUACUUUGAAACUACUCUUACGUUUUUUCUCAUCCAAGCAAGCAAAUCCAGCUUUUUAUUAGUUUAAGGAAUUCCUGAUUUUGUGUCGUCUGUUUAGCAGAGUGUACCCUGUGUGACGCCUUAAGGUCUCUAACCGGUGUAAACUUUGCCAGGUCAACACCGAACACGCCACGUGAUAACCUGAAUGUUAGCCAAUAUAAACGUUGCUGUUCCCUUUCCUCUUGGCUGCUUUGGUUACCGAGUAAAGCGUUGCACCCUGACUGACGGACCAAUCGACUCACCGUCCCAGUGUUUUGUGAAGAUAGACAAAUAAAGGCUCAGUAAUACAUU